AUUUUUUUCUUAUUUCAUUUUAAUUUCCAGGAACAGAGAAGCUUCAGAUGAAUCCAGGCAUUAAUAAUGAUUAUUUGAUCAUGGUUUUGGAAUAAUAAGAAGAUAUUUCCUGUCCAUGUAAGUGGAGUGAUGUUUCUAAAGAAAACCAAGAAUGGAGUCAUUUUGAUCUCUGAUGGGUGAAACUCACUGGAAUGGAAACCAACAUCUAUGCAGCAAACCAAGGCUCGUCAUGUUUUACAUCUGCCAAGUGCCUGGGGACUCCAAAGGGAGCAAAGUAUGAAGAAUACCGAAGAAACAUAGAAGAACAGAAAAGUCCAUCUGAAUUUCAGGAUGUUUUACUGGAACCUGAGAUGAGUUUGCUGUCUGUGUCAUCCAUAUUAGACCACAAUGAGACAUCCUUGCAACCUGGUGGGACUACAGAGUGUGUUAGUGCCACCAAUCAAUCUGAAGCAGAGCAGCUCUGUGAAGAAUUACUGUGUUCUGCAAGGCACAAGUCAAAGGAAGAAGCUUUAAACUUUACUUCACACACAGAAUGGCCACUCCUUGCAAGAGAAAAUCCAUCUAAGAAACCAGAAAGGAGUCAUGAGAUCAGAGUCAUAAAACACGAGCCAAGUGCUAUCACAUUUUCUGAUUUUGAAUUUUUGUCACGUGAAGCUAAUACUAAACUCCAUAUUUCUGAGGCAGGAGAAGACGACUUUUCAUUUGAAGAGGAAGAAGCAGAUGGCAGAGGUGAUGAUGAUCUGUUUACAGAACUGCCACUGUAUGAGGCGUUUUUCAAUGGCCUUCACAGAACGGAUGUUUUCUCAAGAAAGCAAGCUAAAUGUGAACUUACUGAGUAUUCACACAUCUGUCAUUUAGAAGACUGUGAUGAUAAUUCCAAAAUGGAAUUGAAGGACCAUGACAAGGAGGAAAAACACACGGAGCUGGAGGGAUCAUAAAUCCUGCUACGGUUGGCUGCUGCAGAGAUGCGAGAUUUGUCUUAUAAACGUGGUAGAAAGCUUGAAACCCUCUCUGGAUCAGUUUCAAAGCAUCUCUUCAGUUUCAAAGCAUCAGUUUCAAAGCAUCUACAUUAGCUGUCGUAACAGCCAAACACAGGUUUCUGUCUCUGCUGACAUUCCUUUGGCUGCCUAUGGGAGUCAUCACAGUUUCCUCUAUUGCACCAGAGAGAGAAGCCAGAAAGCCCAAGCGCUGGAAAGGAGCACCUGGAGCUAACCAUGAGGAUUUGCUAGGAGCUCCAGCAAGCCCAGUCGGGCAUCUCUCACCACUAGACAUUCAGGGUUCUCCAAAUGAGUCCUCCUCCUGGCGACUGGUUGUGAGUGGUGUUCCCCAGGGGUCGGUGCUGGGGCCCAUCCUCUUCUAUAUCUUUAUAGAUGACCUGGAUAAGGGCAUCGAGUGCACCCACAGUAAAUUCGCAGAUGACACCAAGUUGGCUGGAAGUGUGGAUCUGCCUGGGGGUA